CCUUCAUUCAGUGAUCUCCUUGAUACAGCAUCCGAGUCUCGUAUCGUAGCUGAAACUCAUCUUCCCACUCCGACUCGCAUUUCUGUCCGUCAACGGCUUGGAGUCAAACGCGAUUGGCUUUUGCCCAGCGACGAGUUGGAAGUGCCCCUAGAUCGUAUUCGCAGUCGUGAUUACCGGGAACCUGGUGAAAGAGGUCAUCAGCGUGUUUAUCAGGAUUCUGGCGACCGUAGCUAUCAGUGCGGUUACCAGGAAUCAGAUAAUACUCUUAUGGCUUCGGUAGCUGCAGCCGCUGCCGCCGAACGUGAAGCAGCUGCUGCGGCUCGUGAGGACGCUGAACGUGUCGUUGAGGCAGUAUUGGCCCAAUCGGCAAGACAGGCCCCGAUAGCUGCAUCCAGCCGCAGUCGGGAUCGCCGCCGUCGACGUCGGGAUCGUCGUGGCCGGGCACCAAGAGGUACGGCUUCUACUACCACUGCCAUUGCUUCUAAAAAUAGGCAGACGGGGAAUAUUAGCAGAAUAAGGGAUGAGAUUGAAGAGAAGGCCAGUGAUGACAACUGCAGGGACUUGGAAUACACAGAUGCGAGCACGAGUGAGCGGGUUGAAGGGCGCAGACAGAUUACUUUAGAUGUGAGACAUCUAAAUGCCUGCGAUGGGACUUUCAUACAAGUAGAACGUGAAACUUGUGAGAAUGAUGGCAGAAUGAACACUUGCUUAAAUCGUGAUGAGAAGAAUGUAGAUUAUUCGAAUCAAGCAAAUGUUGGAGGCAGUACAUGUAAGCGAAAUUAA